CCACCACCACCAUCGUCAUCCCGCGUAAUCUCAUAUGUAUACCAAGCCAACAAUAAUAACAAAAACAACAACUCCCUGUCCCAACAAACAUGACUACGCACCCCCUCCCCCCUUCUCUCAGUCCUUGCGGAGCAAGUACACGCGCCACCACACGUGUACACCCCCCAAACAACCAAAUACCCGCCACAACAUGCAUGACCCCAUCCACGGAGUAUACUUCCUUCUUCGAAUGUGUCUGUGUCUGUGUCUGUGUCUGUGGGGAAACCGGGAGCAAAGGGGGGGCAAAUAGGAACAAGGCUGCAAAAACAGACAGACAUCUCGGUUCUUGCAUCCCUCGUGAAGAGAAGAGCUCGACUUCUACUCGCGUGGCGAAGGGGGUCAGGGGGGUCAGGGGCAAAGUCACAUGCGGAGACAACGCGCACGGCUAUAUGAAAGAAAGAAGGGGAGAGGAGGACAAAAAGGGGGGGGGUUGCAAAAAAAACCAAACACAUCAGUCAUCCCCCGUGACACAUCUCGACCUCUUCUCGCGGUGCGCUCGAGCGUCAACGCACGACGGAAGUAGGUACGGACGGGUACGGCUACGGCUAUGAGAUGGAUGGAUGGAUGGGACGCAGGUACGUACGUACUAUACUGUCCUAUCCUGUCCCGCACAGGUACCGAGAACGAAAUUCGAUAUUGUAGUUUUAGGGUCCAUUUUCCGCCACGCAUGC